AUGCAGUCGGGCAGCGCGCUCAGCCCCCGCGGCAUGGCGUUCACGGCCCGAGACCGCGCCUUCCGGCUGGCGCGGUCCCUCGGCUACCAGGGCGGCGACGACUCGGCGGAGCUGCUGGACUUCCUGGCCGCCACCGACGCGGCAGACCUCGUCAGCGACGACUCCCGUGCCCUCUCCGACCAGGACAAGCUCCGCUUCGACACGUUCGUGUUCCUGCCUGUGGUGGAGCAGCCGUACGAGGGCGCCUUCCUCAACGAGACGCCGUACACCAUCCUCGCAGAGGCGCGGGCCAACCGGGUGCCGCUCAUCGCGGGCGACACGUCUGCCGAGUGUCUGGGCACUGUGCUAGGUAAGAAUAUUUUCGGAAGCAACGACUCGAUGGCAGCUUUCGACGCCGGCUUCGUCGACUCCAUCAGCCUCGACAUCCGUGUGGGCGAUGAACAGUACCGCCGGGAGGCCGCCCAGAAGAUACGCAGCUUCUACUUCGGCGACGAACCCAUCGAUAGCGAGGAUUUCUACCCCCUCGUGGCGCUAAUCAGCGACCUCUACUACAUUGAGCCUGUGGACAUGGUGGUCCGAACUUGGGUGAACCAGUCGUCAGAAAUACCUGUUUAUGAGUACCAGUUUGAUUAUAAAGAUGAGAACAGUGUUCUCGGCUGGUUCGAAGGUGUAAGUCAUGGCAUGGAAUUGGGGCUAAUAUUCUACCAGCCAUAUCGUAACCCUAAUCUGAACAAGACAUCUGACGAAGACAUCACUAGGACAAACAUGAUCAACAUGUGGACAAAUUUUGCCAAGACAGGGAACCCGACGCCGACGCCCGUGGGCGGCGUGACGUGGCAGCCGUACAACAGCGACGCCGAGCGCAACUACCUGGUUAUCGACGCGCCCAUGGCGGCCGCCCGGGACGUUUACGGCAGCAGGAUGGACUUCAUGCACUCGCUGCUGCCUCUCACGUGGCCCUGA